UUAACAUCAAGAAUGACAUCUUCAUGGGAUUCACUGAUGCACAGCAGGAGGGAAAUUGGGUCUGGAGUGAUGGAUCUACUGGAAACAUUCUCAACUGGAACGAUGGGGAACCCAAUGGAGGGACGAACCAGAACUGUGGCGUGAUGUACAUCCUUGAGGGGAAAUGGGAUGACUGGUACUGCGAUCGAACGCAUUUCUUCGGCUGCGAAAGGCAAGCAUCCGACACUCCCUUUGGCCCUACCGAAGCCCCAAAAUCGACGCUGCCGCCUUACACUAGUGGCUGCGACGGCGAAGGUUGGGUCGAGAACCCCCAAACUGGAGAGUGUUACAUUUUCGUCCCUCGAGGAACAAGACCAUUACUCCGCCCAGCAACACUGCCAAUAUAUGGAAGGGUCAUCGUCUGGAGUCGAGCUCAUUUCUCUGUCGACUUUCGAGGAGCACGCUUUCGUCUGGGACUACAUCAAAAGCCAACAUUUCAGUCAGCAGCGAUUUUCAAUUGGGAUGAGAAAUGAGUACGUCGACGGAAAUUACUGGACAGAUAAUUCGCCAGUCGGUUUCUUCCACUGGUCUGACAACGAGCCGUCGGGUGAUGGCUUCUGCACAGAAAUGUACGUGGACAGCGGCAAAUUUAACGACAUCGACUGCUCUGAAGUUCAAGCAUUCAUCUGCGAGAAAAAGGGACGCAACUACUCCCCCCUAACGCCCCCGUCACCCCCUGAGCCUACUUGCCCUUCCGGAUGGACCUCGUUCAACAGGCACUGCUAUCUUUUCUCGGGAAAUGACGAUACUUGGGAGAAUGCCAAAGCCUCGUGUGAAUCCAACUUAAACAGUGUGUUGGCAUCCAUUGAAAAUGCUGAUGAAGAUGAAUUCUUGAAAGGCAAUGCAGCUGCUUUGGGGAAAGAUCUCUGGCUUGGACUCCACGACGAUGAUGCUGGGAAUAACUGGCACUGGAUAGAUGGUUCUGAAUAUGGACAAUAUACGAACUGGGGCUCAGGUCAGCCGGAUGAUUACCAAGAAAAUGAGCACUGCGGAGAGUUAAGGCACUCGCAAGGAGACUGGAAUGACUUGCCAUGCAGCAAUACUUUGGGAUUCGUCUGCAAAAUUACCCUUGAGGUUUGCCCCCAUCGCUGGAAUUUCUGGAACGAGAAAUGUUACUACAGAAGCGAUGACGUCAUUUCAAACGACCAGGCUCGACAGAAGUGCAAAGAAUUUAACGCAAACGCCGAUCUAGUCACCAUUGAAAGUCUGAGGGAAAACAAUUACUUUGCAGACCUGUUCAGCCAGGGCUCCCAGGGAGUCUGGAAUGGCUACACCUACGACCCCACCUCCAAGGCUUGGAGCUGGGACGACGGUUCCAGCAACCCUUUCACGAACUGGAACGCCGGAGAGCCGAACAAUUUGGACUGGGAACUCUGCACCGAAAUGAUAGACGCCCCUUAUUUCGAUACCCACGGAAAAUGGAACAACCUCGCUUGCACUGAGAACAGGAACUUUGGCUGUCAAUAUCACCCGAAACACCACGUAGGGUGCGAAGUAGGAUGGCGCCUAUUUGGGGAGGUCUGCUACUUUGUCGGACGAGGGCAGGGCAACUACUACGACUCAGAGACCCACUGCAAGGACCUGGGUGGACAGAUCGCGUCCGUUCACUCUGCUGAAGAAAACGAUUUCUUCGUUUCAAUUCUUCCCAGCGAGGCCACUGGAGCCUGGAUAGGAAUCAAUGACAUCAAUCAGCCGGAAUCAUUCGUCUGUGCAGACGGGAGCAACUUCCUCUACUCGAGUUGGGGUCUGAUGCUGAGUGAUCAAUUCGACCUUCCGAGGUGCGCAGAAAUACAGUUUGAUGGAAAAUGGGUGCUUAGAGAUUGCUCUAGUGCUGGUGAGUCUGACAUAGCAGUGGUAUGCAGCAAGCCUCCAGAAGUCAAGGAUAUCACACCAGAUGAUUCUGGAUGCAAAACUGGUGACUUGUACUACAGAGGUUCCUGCUACACCAUUUCAAAUACGCAGUUAUCAUGGGAUGAGGCUAAGAAUGCUUGUGACAGGGAGUACUCCAGUUUGUUGAGGAUAGAAGACGAACAGGAGGGUGCGUUCUUUUCCUCCAGCUUCGGCGACUACGGCCUCGACGCGUGGACAGACGUCAAAGUUCGCAAGUAUUCGGACGAGUCGUUCGACUUCAUCUUCGACGAUGGGAAACUUGCCACCUACCUUCCUUGGGAUUCUUCGGAGCCAAAUUUGGGAGAAGGUGACUGCAUCCUGAUAGAAGGUACCCCAGGUGUAGUGGGUUUGUACAAGGCGCAUGCGUGUGAAAAAGAACUUAAUUUCAUCUGUGAGUACGAUCGCCAAGGUUACACAACUCUUCCACCUGAACCCACACCAACUCAUGGCACCGACUGCCUGGGAACUUGGGAGCAUCAUGGUGGGCACUGUUACCAGGUGUUCACGGAGACCCACACCUGGACCGAGGCAGAACAGGUUUGUCAAGCCUACGGCGGUCACCUGGCAAGCAUCAACAGUCAAGAUGAGGAGUCGUUCAUACAGCAAAAACUGUGGUACGCGUAUGAACUGACUUUCGAUGAUCUUUGGGUCGGGCUUCAGCUAGACACAGAAGCAGAUAAACACUGGACGGACGGUUCCUCCAUUGACUACCUGCACUGGGAGUUUGGCCAACCUGAUAUGCACGAGCAUGAAAACUGCGCUUCCGUUAACCGCUACGACACGGCUCUCUCUUGCACGGUGUGUGAAACGCACCUCCCGUUCAUCUGCGAGGGACGAGAAGGAUCGUAUCUCACGACCCUACCCCCGCCAACAUUCGCGCCCCCGCCGAAAUGCACUGACGGUAAGGGCGACUGGUACCUCUUCAAGGACCACUGUUACAAAUUCGUGUCCCAAGCUGACGAGGACCCACAGUCCUGGCACAAGUCAGUCGGCCUCUGCAGGGCUGACGGAUCACACCUGUCCUCGAUCGUCGAUCUUGACGAGAACUUCUUCAUUGAGUCUAUGCUGAACCAGCUAUCAGACGAUUCUAUCUGGGUGGGGGGCAGAGCCCUUGAAGACUCCGGCUUCCAGUGGGUGGACGGUAGUCCUUUCGACUAUGACAACUGGGCGCCAGGAGAACCCAAUAGUUAUAUGGAUCAAGAAGACUGCAUUGAGAUGUACAAUCGCGGAAAAGGGACAUGGAACGACAAAAACUGCGGGCACUUGAGUGGCCGGGUAUGCAAGAGACCAAACGGGGCAACUGUGCCCCCGCCAUUAUCAACACUACCCACGGCUGGUAACUGUCCACAGAACUGGAUACACGUUGUUACAACAGGGAGGUGCUUCAAGUUUGUUGAAGAAGUUACGUACUUUGACCAAGCAGUGACGAGCUGCAGAGACCUGUACACAGGGGCUGAGUUGGUUAGCCUUCACACCCCAAAAGAAUUGGCCUACAUAACAGUGAUGGUUGGCAUGUACAAUGCGGAAGCCUGGAUAGGCCUACAAUACGAAAUGGAAGAUUACGUCUGGGUCGACCAAUCCACUGUCGACUACACCCCUUGGGCACCGGGCGAGCCCAAUGGGCAGUACAUGGCGGAAAACUGUGUCGAGGUACUUUACCCAACUGGGCUGAUGAAUGAUAUUAGCUGUUACAACAUGUAUGGUUAUAUUUGCGCCAUGAAACAAGAUCCGUCCAUAACAGAGCCUACCACCUUUCCAAAGUGCGACCCUCCUUAUGAUAAUUACUACCAUUAUAAAGAUGACUGUUACAGGUCAGAGAGGACACCUAUGAGCUGGGAUGACGCAGAGAAAACUUGCGCAGACGAAGGAGCUCACUUGGCGUCCGCAUACGACCUGAACGAGGGGGCCUUCCUUUGGAUUCUCGGUCAAGAUUCGAGCAUCGUGCACCCGUGGAUAGGACUCAAUGACAGACGGGUACAAAGCACUUACGAAUGGACAGACAACUGGCCCGUGUCCUACACGAAUUGGGGAAAGGAUCAACCUCAGGUCAACGUGACUGACAAAAACUGCGUCAUGCUGGAUUCCGACGACGGGCGCUGGUAUAACGAGAAGUGCGAGGAACUGAAGCCCUUUUUGUGUAAACAUUCGGAAGACAAGGCUCCAUCACCCGGCCCACCUGUGACGGGCCACUGCCCGGACGAGACUUGGACUAAUUUACCUGGUUCUUACUGCUACCUGGCAGUUUCGGAUGCGCAAAGAUGGAAUGAUGCAAACGCUUACUGCCUGUUCUUGGACUCUAACCUCACCUCCAUCCACUCGGCUGAGGAAAAUUCGGUUCUUAAGCACGGUCUCAAAAUCGUGAAGAGCAACAUCUGGAUCGGCCUCAUUCAGAAGAAGAGUGGUUUUGGUUGGUCUGACGGGACAGCGCUGGACUUCCAGAACUGGGCGGACGGUGAACCCAGCUAUGAUUACGAGCAGUGUACCGAACUCUACCAGGAAGAUGGAAAGUGGAAUGACCUUCCCUGUGAUAGCUGGAGGCCUUUCAUCUGUAGGACGGCCAAAGUGAGAACUUUAAAAAAAAAAAAUUUUAAUUGACCCUUUUCUGCAACG